AUGUUUGCUUCUACUAUAUCAAGAACUCCAUUAUCAACUUUACGUAAUGUUAAAUUAUGUUUAACUAAAUCAUCAAUUAAUAAAUAUUCAUUAAUUAAUUUAACUAGGUUAUAUUCAUCAGGUAAAUUUCCUCCUCAUACUGUUAUUCAUAUGCCUGCUUUAUCUCCUACUAUGACUCAAGGUAAUAUUCAAAGUUGGGCUAAAAAAGUUGGUGAUCAAUUAGCGCCUGGCGAAGCAAUUGCUGAAAUUGAAACAGAUAAAGCAUCAAUGGAUUUUGAAUUUCAAGAAGAAGGUUAUUUAGCUAAAAUUUUAAUGGAUGCUGGUUCAAAUGAUGUUCCUGUUGGUCAACCAAUUGCUGUUUAUGUUGAAGAAGCUGAUGAUGUUCCAGCUUUUGAAAAUUUCACUCCUGCUGAUGCUGGUGAAACUCCAAAACCAAAACAAGAAGAAUCAAAAGAAGAAGAAGCAAAAGAAGAACCAAAGAAAGAAGAACCAAAGAAAGAAGAAUCAAAAUCAACUAGUUCAUCUCAACCAUCACCAAAAGCUUCAGGUGAUAGAAUUUUUGCAUCUCCCUUAGCUAAAACUAUUGCUAUUGAAAAAGGUAUCAAAUUAAAAGGUAUUAAAGGUUCAGGUCCAGGUGGUAGAAUUGUAGCGAAAGAUCUCGAAAAUGUUCAACCAUCGUCUGGUGCCGCUGCUGCUGCUGCUGCUGCUACUACUGCUUCAGCUACAACUUCAUCUACUCCAGCUGCUGCUACUUUUGAAGAUAUUCCAUUAACUUCAAUGAGAAAAACUAUUGCUACUAGAUUAUUACAAUCAACUCAACAAUCACCAACUUAUAUUAUUCAAUCUCAAAUUUCAGUUUCAAAAUUAUUAAAAUUAAGAGCUUCCUUAAAUGCAUCAGCUGAAGAUAGAUAUAAAUUAUCAAUUAAUGAUUUAUUAAUUAAAGCAAUAGCUAAAACUUGUGUUAGAGUACCUCAAGUUAAUUCAGCUUGGUUAGGUGAUCAAGGUGUUAUUAGACAAUAUAAAAACGUUGAUGUUUCUGUUGCUGUUGCAACUCCAACUGGUUUAAUUACUCCAAUAGUUAAAGAUGCUCAUAAUAAAGGUUUAGCUGCGAUUUCAAACGAAAUUAAAGCUUUAGGUAAAAGAGCUAAAAUUGGUAAAUUAAAUCCAGAAGAAUAUCAAGGUGGUACUAUUUGUAUUUCGAACUUGGGUAUGAAUCAUGCUGUUAAUGCAUUUACCUCAAUUAUUAAUCCUCCUCAAUCUGCUAUUAUUGCAAUUGGUACUACUGAUAAAAAAGCUGUACCAAGUAAUGUAAAUCCACAAGGAUUUGUAUUUGAUGAUGUUAUUACAUUCACCGGUACAUUUGAUCAUAGAAUUGUUGAUGGUGCUUUAGGAGGUGAAUGGAUUAAAGAAUUGAAAAGAAUUGUUGAAAAUCCAUUAGAAUUGUUAAUUUAA